UCAGAGCGCACGCGUCUUGACUACAGAGCCCCUGUGGAUGAUGGAGCUUCAGCCAGCAGUGAAGGAAGGAGGAGACGAAGGAGUGACUCCCAAAGGACAGAAGGCAGGGAUGAAGAGGAGACAUGAGGAGGAGGAGGAGGAGGAGGAGACCUCACCCACCAAGAAGAUGGUGACCGAUCACAGUAUGAAGGUGGCAAGUCACUAUAACAGUCUACAGGAAGUGGGUCUGGCAGUGCGAAGUCGAAGCAGAAUCUUUUUCAUGAGGAACUUCAACAAUUGGCUGAAGAGCGUCCUGAUAGGUGAGAUCCUGGAGCAGGUGCGGGCGGCAAGUUCUCAGCAGGUAUCUGUGUUGGACCUCGGCUGUGGGAAAGGAGGAGAUCUCCUGAAGUGGAGGAGAGGAGGAAUCGAUCACUUGGUCUGUGCAGAUAUCGCUGGAGUGUCGGUGGAGCAGUGUCGUAGCCGGUACGAAGACAUGAAGAAGAAGAGUCACGUGCAUGAGAAGAUCUUCAGCGCUCAGUUUAUCAACGCCGACUGUUCCAAG